AUGUCCGUCCCCAACAUCACCACCAUCUCCCCCAUAACCAACCGACCCAUCCUCAACCGCACGGGCGCCAACCCCGAAGACAUCGUGGGCAUCGCCGAAUCCGCACAAUCAGCCUACCGAUCCUUCUCGACAUCCACGACCCUCAAACAACGUCAAGACAUCGUGACCCGCGCCCUCACCAAGCUCGAAAAACGAAAAGAUGACCUCGCCAGACAACUCACCGAGCAAAUGGGGCGGCCCAUCUCCUACACAGGGAUCGAAGUCGCCACGGCCAUCAAGCGCAGCCACUACCUGAACCGCAUCAGCGACUCCGUCCUCGGCGAAGAAGGCAUCGUACCGGGGGAAGAAGAAACGGGCUUCAAGCGAUACAUUAAGCGCAAGCCCGUCGGCGUAGUACUGAUCAUCUUCGCCUGGAACUACCCCUACCUUGUCCUCGUGAACAGCUUAAUCCCCGCGAUCCUGGCAGGUAAUGCCGUGAUUCUGAAACCGUCGCCGCAGACGCCCACUGUCGCGGAGGAAGUCGCCAAUGCGUUCCAUGAAGCGGGGCUGCCGGAGAAGGCGCUUCAGUAUGUCCAUUCUGGGUCUCCGACGUUACUUGAGAGUCUGGUUCGUUCUAGUUGUGUGAAUCAUAUUUGUUUUACGGGCUCCGUGGAGGGCGGACUAGCUACGCAGAAGGCCGCCUCUGAUCGCAUCGUCAACGUUGGAUUGGAGCUCGGGGGUAAAGAUCCCGCGUAUGUGCGCGACGAUGUCGAUGUCGCCUGGGCGGCUGGGGAGAUUGUCGACGGGGCGAUCUUCAAUAGUGGACAGAGCUGCUGCGCGAUUGAGCGGGUCUAUGUGCAUCAGGGAAUCUACGAUGAGUUUGUGGCGGAGGUGAAGAAGGUGCUGAGUGGGUAUGUGGUUGGGGAUCCGUUCGAUAAGAAGACGCAGAUCGGGCCGGUGAUUUCAAAGCGCGCGAAGGAGGAUAUCGAGGCGCAUGUUGCUGAUGCGGUGGAGAAGGGGGCGAAGGAUGAGACGCCGGAGAAUGAGUCGUUUGAGAAUCCUCCGUCGGAGGGGAAUUAUGUUAGGCCUACGCUGUUGACGGGGGUUACGCAUGAGAUGCGGGUUAUGACGGAGGAGACGUUUGGGCCGGUGAUUCCGGUGAUGAAGGUCGAGGGGGAUGAGGAGGCUGUGAAGUGGAUGAAUUCCAGUGAGUUUGGGUUGACGGCUAGUGUGUGGACGAAGGAUGUUAAGGCUGCGGAGGAGUUGGUGGAGAGGGUUGAGGCUGGGACGGUGUUUGUUAAUCGGUCGGAUUACCCUAGUCCGGAUCUGGCUUGGACGGGAUGGAAGAAUUCGGGCCGUGGAGUGACGCUCAGUCGGUUUGGGUUCGAGCAGUUUGUGAAGUUGAAGAGUUAUCAUAUCAAGGAUUAUCCCAAAUAG